AUGGCUGUAAAACCAGACUCACCGAGAGAACCAUACGAGGAAGAGGAGGCCUUCCUACCGUCCAUUGACGCCCCAGACGCGUUGCAGCCCACUACAGGAGACAAGCCAUGGCUCCUCCUUGUAGGCCUCAUCGUCGUCCUCGUCGCCUUCAUCGACAUAGGCGCAUACCUUGCCGACCCGCCCAUGACGCGUAUCUUCGAAGCGAACCUGUGCUACAAAUACUAUCUGGAGCAAGACCCCUCGGUAAUAGAGGAUGGAACGAUACCGGAGGAGCUAUGCAAGGUGGAUAUAGUGCAGCAGCGACUGGCUAGUAUCUUUGGAUGGCAAGAGAUGUUCAAUGCGCUCCCUGGACUUUUGUUGGCAGUUCCUUUUGGAACACUGGCUGAUCGGAUAGGCAGAAAAUGGAUCUUUGCCGCAAGUCUGGUCGGCAUUGUGUUAAGUUAUGCAUGGACUCUGCUGAUAUGUUAUCUCAAGACUCUACCCCUACAGCUAACGUGGUUCUCGAGCGCCUUCAUGGUCAUCGGUGGUGGUGCCUUUGUUGCCAUGGCUAUCGGGCUGACCAUGAUUUCCGAUAUCGCACCACCGGAAAAGCGUACAACGAUUUUCUUAUACUUGACCGCAUGUAUUCUGGUUGCAGAAAUGGUGGCACCCAUGAUGGCCUCGCGGCUGAUGGAAUACGGAGACUGGUUGCCGCUUCUACUCGCUCUGGCGUUUCAGACUGUUGGCCUCAUCGUGUCGCUCUUUAUACCGGAGACCCUGCAUUUGCGCAACCUUGAGGAACCGAAAAAUAUUGAGACACAAUCCAUUGAGUUGCAGCCGAUGUCGGGUCAUUUCUCGGUUCGCUCGCAAUUGCGUAACUUCCAGGCUACAGUCCAAUUUCUACGCGGCGACUGGACUCUCGCUACGGUUGUCUUCACCUUUCUCGCAAACAGGCUGGGCAGACAGUCCAUUGCCCUCUUGGUGCGCUAUGCUUCUAAGCGCUAUAGCUGGGAGAUCAAAAAAGCAGCAUAUCUGCUAUCAUUCCGAGCAGCUGCUAACCUCGUUGCCAUUAGCGUUGUCCUUCCACUCAUCAACUUUGUGUUGUUGAAGAAACUGCAUUUCCCAGUACCCCGCGCUGACAUUUGGAUCGCACGUGGAUCCAUUGCCCUUACCACGUUUUCCUUCUUCGUCAUGGGCGUCUCUGCGUAUCCUGCUCUAUUGGUCUUUGGUCUUCUUGUAUACAAUAUGGGCUCAGGCUACAAUGCCGCUAUGCGCUCUAUCUCUAUCCAUGUUGUCGGCGGGCAGUCAAGCCCCGACAUAGGUAAGCUGAUGAGUACAAUUGCCAUGGCCGAGAGCUUUGGCUCCAUGGUUGGUGGGCCCUUGCUGAAUGAACUGUUUCAGUUGGGCAUAGGGUUCGGCGACGCAUGGCUGGGACUGCCAUUUUUGAGCUCUGCGAUCGUCUUCCUCUUGAUGACAUUUGUAACUUUCUCCAUCAAUGUAAUGGACAAGAAGUCCGCUUAUGUAGAGCUGACUGGCGAGGAUGAAGACAGUUUCCAUGAUGAGGGGAGGGACUCCUUGUCAGUACGCCCGGGUGCAACUGAGCGCAGGGAUUCUACGUGA